GUUUCCAACUAGACUGUCCCAUUUAAAGUAGUAUACACAUUGCUUCAGAUUGCUAGGAUAGCCGGACUGCGUGCCUCUUUUGAUUGGUCAUCAGAUAACAUCGGGAUGGACAAAUAGGUUAUAGGAAAAAUCGGAAAUUAUCAGUUAUAUCACAUUGUGCAUUUUCUAAUCAUUCCGAAGAAUCCUGUGCACGGAGAAGUAACAAACUUGGGGAAAUGAUGAUGCUGUAUUUACUUGUAGUUUAUAGUUUCUUCUUCACUGGAUACUUUGCUUCAGGUGCCCUGAUAGAAGAGCAGCAAUGUUCAAGAUACCACUAUGAGGCUCAAACUUUGGAAAGAAUUAUCAAGGCAGAGAUUAAUCUAGUAUCUGUUCAAAGUGAGGUCACAGUCAUAAAGAAAACAGUAGAGCAAGAGGCGGAAGAAAGAAAAAAGGAUCAUUCCAAAUUUGCUAACAAAGUAGAUAUGUUGCAACAAGAGUUCGAUAACUUCGUCAAGAAAGUUUCCAGUUUACAAGAGGAGAAAAUUCUCCCGGCUUCAAGUUCGAUGAGACAAUUUUGUCAAACAAACGAGACGUGCAGUGACGUUAAGAAUUCCGAAUGUAAAUGGAUGUCUUGUAAAUGUAAACCUGGCAUGAGCUACCACCAUGACACGAAAACAUGUCUCUCUGACUGUGGAGACUACGGGUAUGGUAACACUUACCAGGUUGAAAUGUACGCAUUGUUGGACUAUUUUAACACUAAAACUUUAAGAACUAUCUCACUAGAAGAUUGUGUUCAAAAUUGUACCACGGAGAAAAGUUUUGUUUGCAGAACUGCAGAGUAUUACAAGACCAGCAAAACGUGUCAUUUGUCAUGGGAGACUCUGCACACAAACUCAGAUAAACACUUCGUAAAUAAUAAUUAUGUUACAUACACGAGAGAUUGCAACUAGAACUGUGGUCUAAAUAUGUAUCUAGUUACUAGACUUCAUUCAUACUCUGUUAUAUAAUACAAUAAAGUACUUGAUAACUUUAACUAAAACAAUUAAGCAAAAACUAUUAAUGGCAUACAUGUAUACCAGUAUUUUAUGUAUUAACGGCGUUUAGUGAUUUUGAUCAUUGUCAUUAUGCAGUUUAACAGGACCAGCAACUAUUUCGAAUUUUACCCGAAAUAUAAUAGUAGGACAUAUUUUCAGUUUUAUCACCAAAACGUGAAAAUCAUCAUUUCCACAAGGAAAAAACCAUUUCUGGUUACAUUAUAUUAAAAGUAUUGAGAUGUCUUUUUCAUACGACCAUAUAACAAGGCAGACUAGCUUAGUAGUAGACAGCAUCGAUCACAAGUUCAACAAUUAUAAUUUAAUUUUGUUCUUUAUUGUUGAAAUUUUGAGUGUCAAUUCAAAACGUCAUGACACUAAUACAACUUACAACGGUGUGUUACGUUUUCUAUACGCAUUCUAACUGAUUCGUUGAAAAUGAAUUACUGGUAGUACAAUCAAAGGAAUUUGAUGCAUGUAGAUUUCUAUUUUAACUUCCUCUGGUACAAUAAAUGUUGAACGAUUUUCAGGGUUAUUU